AUGGGGGCUUAUAUGGCGAGGCCGUCAACCGAAAAAAAUUCGGACUCGGGAUUCACUGACUGGAUAACCUACGGUGUCUCAUCAAUGCAAGGCUGGCGCAUGCAGCAAGAGGAUGCCCAUAACUGUGAACCAGAAUUUGAUCCAUCGCGAUUCGCUUCACUGUUUGCUGUAUACGACGGCCAUGGAGGAUCCGAAGUAGCCCGGUAUUGUGCUGCCUACUUGCCGGCUUUCCUGAAAAAUUUACCUACGUAUGCAACAGAUGAUCCGGCUGAGGUCCUCAAACAACUAUUUGUGGAUUUUGAUGCAUCCCUGGUCACUCCCGAGGCUAGAGCUAUUCUACAUUCUCUCGCGGAAAAGAACGAAAAACAAUCUGAGGAUGAAAUUGACGCAUCAGACGACACGGACGAAGACGGAAGUGAUUCAGAGAUUAGUGCCCUUCGGGAAGAAGCAAAUGAACCUCUGGAAUCUGUGUUAGAACGUUAUGGUGGUGAGGAUGCUCUCCCAACGAACAUCAAGGAUUUACUGGUUCGUCGUAGAAAGGUCAAGGCUGGCGAAUGCAGCAACACUCAGGCUCCGGAAAGUGCCGUGAAUUCGGUUGAUCGUUUUGAUAGCCCCGAUCGCGGUACUUUCACUCCAGGUGACAAAAAUCACAAUGAGAUACACGGAUCAACUGAAGCAUUGGAAAAUGGCCUGAACCAUCCAAAUGACAGAGUUCAUUCCUUCAGCCAAUAAGAAUGGUGGCACAGAUGAGGACGAGGAUGAUGACAGUGAAGACGAGGAUGUGGAGCUGACUGGGGAUGCUGAUGAAGACGCCAGUAGCACUGAAGACAGUGAAGAUACUGCUGAUGAUGAUGAAGAAGAUGAAGACGAGGAUGAAGCAAUCAGAGGUCUUCGUUUGGGCGUUCCCAGUGCGUUAAAGGAUCAAGAUGACAGCGAACCUGGUGUGGAUAGCGGAACAACUGCCUGUGUCGCCUUGUUACUCCCGUAUAACGGCAUAGUGAAGCUGUUUGUUGCUAAUGCUGGUGACUCGCGUGCUGUCCUCUGUCGCGGUACUGUCGCCAUAGACUUAUCAGUGGAUCACAAGCCGGAAGAUGAAGACGAAAAAUCUAGAAUCACAGCUGCUGGUGGCACAGUCACCCGCGAUGGUCGGGUGAACGGGGGUUUGAAUCUCAGCAGAGCUCUUGGAGACCACAGUUAUAAGCAAGCACAAGGACUUCCAUUGGCCGUCCAAAUGAUUACGCCAUCUCCGGACGUCACACAGUUUGAUCUUAUUCCCGGUUCCGAUCAAUUCCUUGUCAUCGCAUGUGAUGGCGUCUGGAAUUCCAUGACCAGCCAAGAGGUCGUUGAUUUUGUGCGCGAGCGCCUACAAUCAAAAUUGGAUACCAAAGGAGAUGAACGAUUGACGCCUACCUCUGAUCGUGAAUCUGAUGCAAUAACACUGUCAAAAAUAUGUGAAGAGGACCAUGUCUUUACUGAAGACCCGGCGACAGAUUCCACCUGGCCGCCACCACAACUCCAUCCGGCGCAUCAUUCGACGCCAGGUGACCUGAGUGUCCGCGCAGACCGAGAAGCUUGGUGGACCCGAAAGACCAAAGAAAUGGAAGAUGCAAGCAAUGCUGGAAACGUGAGCAAACUGUUCCACUUGAUUCGUUCGACUGGACCUCGGAAACCUCUUGUCAGCGAAGUAAUCAGGGACAAAAAUGGCUCCCUGAUAUGCAGCAAAGCAAAACGUUUGGACCGUUGGGCACAGUACUUCGAGCAGCAAUUCAACUGGCCAUCUGCUACCUCUAAUCCAGUAACCUGGCCUUCAACAGACAGGUGGACCGUAAAUAUGGAGUCGCCUUCAGUCUCAGAAGUGUCUGAGUGUAUUUCUCUACCCAAGCGUCAUCGUGCCCUGGUACAGCCCAUGUACAACCAUGAAUUACACAUAUGCAAAUAA